UGUAAACAAACACAUUCAUCAACACACCUGAUCAACACACAUCAACAAGUCGUUUUAUGACGGUUUCACUAGGAAAAGAUUAUUGGGAUCUAUCCAGGCUUGUACCUGUCAGGUCUGACGCCAAAGCCAAUGACGUCCGAAGACUUCUACAAACGGCUUCACAAACAUGGUGGCCAGAGCGACCAAGGGCAGCGCCGACUUGACCAGAAAGGAGAUCAAGGAGGGGUGCCAAAUUCUGCUGGAGAAGGUCAAAAAGUACAAACCCAAGAUCGCCGUGUUCAACGGGAAAUUGAUCUACGAGGUUUUCUCCGGCAAGAAAGACUUAUUUCCUUUCGGCAGACAGGCCGAAUUUGUGGAGGGCACAAGUACCAUCUUGGAUGCUGCGUACUUUGGAAUACCAAGUUGCUCAAGGUGCACGCAUCAGCAACGAAGAUAAAAGAUGCACUUGCCUGCAUCAGUGCUGAUCGCACCAAUUUUUUGAUAUAAAAGCUCCGCCGCGGCCCACAGUAGGC